AUGUUUGCAUUGAUGUAUGAUCUGCAACUGAUGGGCGAGUCACAUUGCACGCAUUCGCGUACUCCAACGCUCCGUAAGGACGUUUUGCUUGCAGCAGAAUCUAUUUACAGGGAUGGCAAAUAUCCGGCUACUUACCGUGUAAUCUCAUUUAUCGGUUGGAAACCUGGACCAGAAAUGCCAAAACCAGCUAAGCGAGGGUCACAGAAUGUGUCGUUUAAGGACUUGGGCAAAAUCGUUGAAGAUCCCGCGCUUAUGCAAAACCUCAGUAAGAAGAAGAAUUCUCAUAAAGACGAUUAG